AUGUCCUCGAUGAAGGACUUAAACGUGACCUUUGAAACUAUCAACGAAGACGGUAGUUAUUCUGAAGGAAAUACUAUAGUGGGCACAGUUAGUUUCAGGCUGACAAAAGAGGUUAAAGUUAAGAGCCUUUCUGUAAAAGCCAAAGGAGACGUCAAGGCAGAAUGGACAGAAGGAACAGGAUAUUUCCAGAUUACCCACACUGCAAAAAGGAGAUAUUUUAAAGUGAAGGAGUACUUAAUUGCAAAAAAUGGUAAAGGCACUGUACUUCCCAAAGGGGUCCACACGUUUAGGUUCGGGCUCAAAAUCCCAGAGGGGAGCAUGCCUUCAUCCUUUAAGGGGGUAUAUGGAAAAAUUGUGUACAUGUUUGAAGCAAAGAUGUCCAGGAGCUGGUGGCGGCCUUCUAAAGUUAAAAAGAAGAUCAACUUCAUUUCCAAGACGUUUCAACAGUUUUGGGAAGUGAUGCAUCCACAAUCUGGUACAGUGAGUAAAAACAUAGGUGGGCUCUCCCAGGGACGGGUCCAAAUGUCUGCUACCACUGACAGGAAUGUUUGCACUCCAGGUGAAACUAUAUCUGUUGUUGCCAAAAUCUGCAACUCCUCUUCCAAGAACACGAGGCCCAAAUUCAAACUUGAACAAAAAACAGUAUUUCGCUGCAAUGAGUCUACUAAGAAGUGGGUGAUGAAUCUGUUCAAAGAGGUCGGGGAAACGAUCAGUCCAAACUCAGAGCGAACUGUCUCCUGCCAGUUGAAGAUUCCUGAUGAUGCCAUCUCCACUAUCCAUAACUGUGAAAUCAUCUCAGUUGAAUAUUACAUAAAGGUGUAUCUGGACAUUAGCUUUGCCGUUGACCCAGAGGUGGUGUUUCCACUGGUCAUCGUUCCUUCCAGAUUUGCAGCCAUUCAGCCUGGUGAGGCUGUGGAACCUCACCCACCUGGGACAACUGUGGUCACAAGUUAA